AUGUUCCUGGUCGGGUCGGUCAUCAUUCUUGGCAACUGGAAGCCGAUCUACUCCCAGCCGCGGAGCGAGCAGUCGUCCUUCCUCGAGCGUGCGGCCUUCCCCAAUCUCAAGGCCAUCAGUCACCGGACCAACCCGCCCUCGACGGGGGCCUUCGCCGGGCCGUCGCCCAAGAUCGGGACGGCCCACCCCGCCAGCGACUCCCUUCGCCGGCUGGACGCCCUCAUCCCGCGGACCUUCCUGCCGACCCCGGCCGGCCAGCAUGGCGAGCUGCUGUCGGAUGACGAGGGGCCGGAGAAUGCGUCCACCAGCCUGCCCGGCAGUCUCCACGUCUCCGAGCUGUAG